AUGUUCAGCAAGCAGAGAUUCAGCCUGCUUAGACGACAAUCUCGCAGAUGGCACAAUGCUGCUGGGUCAAAAUUUCGAUCAUCAGAAAUCACAAUACGUUCAACAAAUUUGGAUGAAAAAAUGCAGGAAGUUGUUAAAGAGAUUGCAAAACGAGCAUUGAGUCGUUCUUCAUCAGAAAAUGAAGUUGCUUCAAUAAUCAAGAAGUAUUUCGAUGAAAUAACCGGGUCAUGUUGGCAUUGUAUAGUUGGAAGAAACUUCGGGUCACAUGUGGAAUGCACUCUUCAUGCGCAUCUUAUUUAUUCUAGAAUUGCUAUUGUUUUAUACAAAACAGAUUAA